UGGUAACAAUGUUGAAGAUGGUAAUGCAGAAGUAAAAAUAGGUAAAGAUUGUUGUAGUGAUAUUGAAGAUGUAGAAAACAGUGAGUUUGGUGUAAAUAUUGUUGAAUAUGAGUUUGCUAA